AUGGACCCUCGCAUGGUGGUGGGUCGCAGAUCCCACGAUCUGCUGCCAUCGGAUCGCAUCUUGAACGCAUCGGACGUUAGCAGCUCUCUGGUCGAAGCUUUCAGGUUGAGCAUCACCGAAGCAGAGAGCUAUCUGAGCCUCUACGAAGCUAGAGUCAAGCUGGAGGAGGAUUAUACGAGGGGCCUCAGAUCUCUUGCGGAGAAACAGAGGGAGAAUGAUGUCCGCAUCGAAUCGUCAGUGGUCUACGCAGUACAACGUCUUCUUCGUCAGAAUGCUCCAGUCCUCCUGACUCCCAUCCGCCCUCCUUCUUUAUCUUGCUUGGCUCAGCCGCAUCAAUGUGACAGCGGGCGCUUUGCCUGGGACGUCAGACCUUCCCGGUGCUCGCAGGGCGUGGAGGGAGCUGCGUGAGAACGACUUGAGAGGUGAGACCUUGCAGACUCUGCGCAAGUCCGGCUCCCCCUCCUGUCAUGGUACAUGCGCUCAUGAUGUCAUUCCCGCAAUCCUGGUAGAGAUUGACGUGCGUCUAAGUCAUAUUGAAACACUCAAGCAAGGCGUGAUUGCUCCUUUGCAUCAUUAUCGCGACUCUCAAGAGCGGAUCAGGAAGAGAGUGAAGGAGGAUCUCAAGACGAGCUGCGGCCGAUAUGAGGAGAUGCGCAAUGUGACGCUUCCCAGGGCGAAGCGCUCGUACGAGAAGAAGUGUGAAGAGGUGAGUGGGCCAAUGAUAUAGCAGCGUCGCUUUGUGCUAAAAUCUGGCACUAACGAUACUCUUCAAUGCUGCUCUGCGAAGGUGGAACAGAUCAGGCUGCAGCAACAAGCGGUAGAAGACCAGAAGAUGUUGUUGGCAUCAUCCGGCAUGUCUCGAGAUUUCUCCGCGUCCUCCACCCAGCCCGGCUCCGAGGCAUACGAAGAGUUAGCAUAUGGCUCUUCCCCUCCUACCAGCGAUGGGAGCGGAGCCGCGAUGAGAAGCAGUCCACGCCGAACGAAAUCUACUAAGGACAAAGCGAGAGGUCAUGCGCGGUUGCCUAGCAGUGGCAGCGGGGCCGUGUCGGAUCGAGAGGAACACCUAUCCAGUACUGAAGAGGCGGCGAUCCGGGCUGCCGCCGGCGCUGGCGGAGUGGGAUUCUCUCCGCCCAGCAAUACUGGCAAGCCAAACUUCUUGGACGCACUUCGGACUAAGGAAGGCUGGGAAGCAGCUCGCAAAGAAGCGCCAAAGAAGUUUGGCGCGUUUAUCAGCAGGAUGAGAGAAGGCGCAGAGAGGGGCGUAGGUGGUAGUCCAGAAGUAGGAAGUCCCGCAGGCGGUGCUGAAGGCCUUGGUGGAGCUUCUGGUACGAUCAAGAGCGCUCAAAAUAUGGCGCUGAAGAAUGUGAAGGCGAAGCGGGAAGCAGAAGAGUGAGUGAAUCAUGCCGGCGGAGACGCAAGCUCGGAGGCUUCCUUCGGCAGCCUGACCUUCGUUGCACACUUAUCGCCCAGAGCCGACAAGAUAUACCGGAAAGCCAUCUUCGAUUUAGAGACCCUUCGCUUGAGGCGCGAGAAAACGGUGGCAGCAGCCACAAGGUCUGCCAUAGAGUGCAGGAAAGAGCUUUACAACACUUCGCAAAUUGUCUGGCUCCAGAGUGAAAGGGCUGGACUGACGCUACACUCCACAGCCGUCAGCCUGCAUCAUUUGGCGGAGGAUAUUGUGGCGCAUGCCAAUGAUCAUCUGGACGAGGAAAUCACGAGGUUCGAACAGCGCUUGCCUGGCCUGGACUUACUUGAUGAAGGGCCCAUUGCGUAUCACAAUUAGUGAGGAGCCCCAAUUGCGGCACUGCAUCUAGACCGGGACGUCAUAUACUGAUUGCACAUUCGCUCACAACCACCGCAGCUUCCACGGCGAAUGCAAGGAUCUCAUGUGAGUCUUGCGCCGUCAGAAAGAUUUGGAGCUAGAGCUGGUGAUUUACAGGCAAGCCCGCGCCUGCACAGAUUCGGUACUUCGUUGAUCGACUACGCUUUUUCUCGAGCACAACAUUCGGCACCGGUUCUUGGCCCAGCGCGUGUGGAGCCUCCGCUAGUCAUCACCAAGUGCAUCGAUUUCGUAGAGGCGCACGCACUUGAGCAGCCAGGUAUCUACCGAACAAGCGCCAAGCAUACAACUGUGCAAAAUUUGGCCCAUGCCGUCGAGAAGGAUGAAGAAAGGUUCCAAUUCGGGCCAGACACCGAGCCAAGCGCAGUGGCGGGGCUUCUGAAGCUGUAUCUUAGACAGCUACCUGAGCCUGUUAUGCCCAUGCCUUGGGAAGAACGUGUCCGGCAGUAAGUUGGCUUAGUCAAAGCCAGCCGACAAGAUCAGCAGGCUGCGGUGGCUCACUCUGUGCCACAUACCCGCUGCCCAGUACUCACGAGAGGCAGCAAGCUGUCAGUAAUGGCUUUGCGUCUCUGAAAGGUCGCAUCAGACGAUUGUGAGUCUUCUACAUAUCGUCGCGCCGCCGGUCGCUGAAUGCCUGACCACACCCCUGCGUCUUUCAGGCCCCCUAUCAACCAAGCCGUCUUGAAGGCUAUCACACUGCAUCUCGCCAAGGUCGCUGACCGCUCGGAUGUCAACAAGAUGGUGAGCGGCUUGUGCGCUUUGAUUGCUCGAUGCGCCCCAUCUCCCCGCCUUCUCACCUCCCAGGCACUGCGAAUUUGACAGAAUGCGUCCAACCUCUCCGUCGUCUUCGGACCUGUCUUAUUGUCCGAAGCCGAUCAUGAGACGACUUCUUUGGCGGCCGCCAUGGAGGAAGAUCGCGUGAUGGAAGACAUGAUUAUUUGGUCCAAAGAAAUUUUCGAUCUGACCACUGCUGGAGCUCCACUGUUGCCGCACGUCCCCAUCACCACCGGACUGCCACUCGAGGUGCCAGAGGGCAAUCCUCUGGCAACCGAGGUGGAGCCCGUGUCGAGCUCGGCAGAUGCGCCUCUUGUUCUGGGCAGUUCUGCUGGGCUGAAGCGCAGCAACGCUAUCACCCCCAACGCUCUUUCUCCUACACUGCCGUCGCAUCAACAGACUGCAGUGCCGCUGUCACCUCUCAUCGACGAUGCAGCUUCCACCGCCGAACCAGGCUCACUUAGCUUUGACCGGCCGCCGCUGCCACCUAGGCCUUCUGAUCUUCUCUCUUCUUCUGGCUUGAGCGAGCACGACUGGUCCGCUUCCUUGCCGAUGAAGCCUGCUGCUCCUCGUGGCGAAGCUCAGGCUGAACUGCAACCACAUCCAAGCCAUGCUGCGCUGGCGCCUCUGAACACUGGCCUUCAUUCUCGCGCCGCUACAACACCAGGCGCUGGUGGCCAGGAAUGGACCGUGUCAGACGCUUCCGCCGAAGCACAUAGCGCAGAUGGACCAGAAGAGCAUGUCGCAAGUGCCUCUCCAAUGAACGCGAAUCUUGAUGUCACGCCCGGCGAACUGGAAAAGGCGAGAACGCCUAGGGGUUGGAGCAGAGAAGCUGAUUCGAUCUCUGUUCCGGACGAGGUGCCAGCCCCACCUCCCCGCGGAGCUGACGGUCAACCGCUGCUCGGGCGCAGAAGAGAUCACCCGGAAGGCGCCUCUUACAGCGGACAAUCUGGCACGACGAACGACGAGUCCCUUCUCACGCCUCAAAGCGCUUUGCCCUCGAUGGGAGCCAGCUCGGACGGGCCAGCGUCUGCCAUUUCGUCGUCUGCUGCCUCCGCGGGACACGCACUUUCGUGA